CUGCACGACUGCGCUGUCAAGAGGGACCGCCGGCGUUUCUUCAUCUUCCCCCGGUUCAGUCCGUCCGUUAACAACAACAACACACCGACUCUGAGUAAAGUCGACGGCUAUUUCACGGUCUUCGUAAUGUCGUCAAACGAUUAUUCCCAAACGUCUGCCCAGGGCUAUGGGUCCUAUGGUGGAGGUGGUGGUGGUGGUGGCGGUGGUGGAGGUGGUGGUGCUAACCAGGGUUAUGGUCAGUCCUCUGGCCAAGGUUACAGCCAGCAGGGAUAUGGAGGCUACAACCAGAGCUCUGAUAGCGGCUCUGGCUCCUACAACCAAGGAGGAUAUGGCAGCUAUGGUCAACCCCAGUCAGGAUAUAGUUCACCAUCUUCUAAUCAGGGAGGAGGAGGUGGUGGGGGUGGUGGUUAUAAUCACCCCAGUCAGUCCUAUAGCUCUGGAGGCUAUAACAGUAACCAGUCCUCCAACAUGGGCUACAACCAGCAGUCAUCCUUCGCUGGAUACAGCCAGCAGCAGCAGCCUCCCCCUUCAUCCUCAGGAGGCUAUGAAGGUGGCUCGCAGGCUCCCAGCUACAACCAGCCACCGAGCAGUGGGCAAAGUGGAGGUGGUUAUGGCAGCAGUGGAGGUCACACAGGAGGCUAUGGUGGCAGCGGGAGCCACCCACAACCACCCCAACACGGAGGAGGACACCACAACCAGCCCCCCAGCUACAACUCUCCCCCUCCACAGAGCUACAAUCAACAGAGCCAGUAUGGACAAGGUGGAGGUUAUGGUGACGAAAGCCCUCCGAUGAGUGGCGGAGGGGGUGGAGGCUACGGUGGCCCUGAUGGAGGUUACGGAGGUCAGGAUGCCCGUGGCGGAAGGGGCCGUGGGGGUGGAUUUGGAGGUCGCGGUGCCGGAGGAUUUGAUCGAGGUUUUGACCGAGGGGGCAGAGGUGGACCGAGAGGUCGAGGUGGCAUGGGAAUGGGCGAUCGUGGAGGAUUCAAUAAGUUUGGUGGACCAAGAGACCUGGGACAUGGAGGACCAGGCUAUAUGCAAGACCAGGAUAACUCUGAUAACAACACCAUCUUUGUGCAAGGCCUGGGAGACGACUACACUGUGGAAUCAGUGGCCGACUUCUUUAAACAGAUUGGGAUCAUUAAGAUCAACAAGAAGACAGGCCUGCCCAUGAUAAACCUGUACACAGACAGAGACAGCGGGAAGCUGAAGGGGGAAGCCACGGUUUCAUUCGAUGAUCCGCCCUCAGCUAAAGCUGCGAUCGACUGGUUUGAUGGUAAGGACUUCAAUGGAAAUCCGAUCAAGGUAUCUUUUGCCACCCGCAGAGCUGACUUUGGAGGCCGAGGUGGCAUGAGGGGCAGUCGAGGAAGAGCUCCAAUGGGCCGUGGUGGAUUUGGUGGAGGUCGAGGUGGAGGUGGAGGUUUCCCAGGAGGCAAUGGGGGUGGCGGCGGAGGAGGAGGAGGAGUUGGAGAAAGAGGAGGUGGAGGUGGAGGUGGGGGAGGACAGCAGAGAGCUGGGGACUGGAAGUGUUCAAACCCCAACUGUGGCAACCUGAACUUCUCGUGGCGUAACGAGUGCAACCAGUGCAAAGACCCUAAACCUGAGGAUGAAUGUGGGAUGUCCCCGAUGGAGAGAGGUGACUCCUGCGGUUUCGGAGGAGAGCGCCGGGGUGGAUUUGAGCGCGGAGGAUUCAGGGGCCGAGGAGGGGACCGUGGGGGCUUCAGAGGGGGCCGAGGUGGUGACCGGGGAGGAGGAUACAGCCCGGGAAAGACGGACGCAAGGGGUGACCGCAGACAGGAGCGGCGAGGCCGUCCUUACUGAAGAGCGUGUCGAGGACAAACAGUCCCAUCUCAGUACAAAGACCAGUGUAAUUAACCCCCCUCCUUCAAACCGGACCCUGCCUGAACCUUUCACACCUUCUGUCAACUUCCUUAUUCUAUCCCUCGUGUACAAAAAUGUGGCUAUCCCUGUUUUCUGCUUUCUCUCGUUCACAUCACUCAUUUCUCAAGGUUUUUCACUUACGUGGGGCCUCAGUUACAAAACCAAUGUCAGGGUCACGUUUCAUCUGAAGGAGAAAUCUUUUUCAGAUCAGACUGUAUACUUUUCUCGUUCUGUCAGAAUGCUUGUCAAACCUGCUCAGAAACUUAAUACUCACAGGAACAUUUCCAACAAGAAGCUAAACCGGUUAUUACAACGUUUCUCAUGCAGGGGUCAAAACGCUCCAGCAACAUUUGUAUGACGAUCCGACGCGUUUCGGCUUGUGGCCUUCAUCUGGGUGAAUCAAGUGCUGCUGGAGCGUUUUGACCUCUCCAUGCACGUUGAUAUUUGAUGAAGUUGUGUCAGAAAAUUCCACUCUGCUUCUUCAACGUCUCAUGCAGGACUUCUAGAUUCUUUUCCACCAGAGUGAGGUGAAUUGACCUAAGGACCAAGAGAAAGUAUUUAUCUUUGUGUCAAUUAAUUAAAAACCAUUCUGAACAUCUGGAGAUGUAAAUGAUGAAAACCAUCAACUCUGAUGAUCCAACAAAAACACUUUUGUUUCUAUUUUCAGUUUUCAUAAAGGAUCAAAGAUUAAAGCCUGUCCUAACAUCAUGCGACGCAAGAGAGCUUCAGCGGCAAAAUCAUCUUAAUAUAUGGCACCGUUUUUUACCCUGUUUCUAUUUUCCUCUUUGUCACUCGCGUAGAAGGAGGAGGAACGAGGAAGGAGGGGGCUCUACACGUCACUGACACUCGCUUUUCUCACUCAACAGAGCUUGUUAGCUUGUUUUAAAAAGUGGAGAGACAGUCGUGCAUUAAUAAUAUCCACAUAUUGAGCUCUGACUCGUGUCAACAACACCGGAGAAAAACCUUUUCUGCCUCAGUGUGUUGUGAUUUCAAUCAACUACUCCUCAAUACAAAGCACCACCUUCAAUACAAAAGCACAAGAUGUCAUAUUGUUUGCCAGGGGACACUGAAGUUCACAGAGUAAAGAAUUAUUAAACAGAUGACGUGUGGAUAGCCAGCAUGUGACGCGACAUUCAAUGAUCGGUGCUGAUAGGACACAGUGCUCUGUACACAAAACAGUUAAUUCUUUACACAAAACAGUUCAUUCUUUACACAAAACAGUUAAUUCUUUACACAAAACAGUUAAUUCUUUACACAAAACAGUUCAUUCUUUACACAAAACAGUUCAUUCUUUACACAAAACAGUUCAUUCUUUACACAAAACAGUUAAUUCUUUAUCAUUUCAUUGUUCUAUUUGUUGACAUUCCCUGGUUGUGAUCACUUACCCAUCUACCCAGCAGAUGUGACUCAUAAAGAUGCUGAUUGAAAAUAAAGAUCAUAACAUAACGUGUCGGGCUGCUCACAACAAAAGGCGUCUGUCAUCAGAGUGGGUUCAUCUAACAACACAAUGUGUUCUAGAUAGGAUUCAGCUGAUUAUCUUGGCAACAAGAGCCAAAGUGUUGUUGUUAGGUUUCUUCAUGUUUCAUUUCUAUGUUGUUUCAAAUUCACAUAAAAAAAAGAGGAGAAUGUUAGUUUUUAUAUUUUUCAUUUCUCAAACUGUAGCUGUGGAUGUCAGAUCUGCAUCAUGUUCAAACUCUGACCUGCUGUACUUCACAAACUGCUUAUUCAUUUAGACCGAUCUUCUCUAACCUGGGGAUUUUAAAACCUGUUUGACGGCUACUGUUCAGUCACUGUCAGACGUCUUUUGUACAUGUGUAGCUUCCGCUGCAGCCGUGAGAUACCAUGGUAGCAAUGAUGCCAAAAAACAUGGAAACAAUACGCUGGUCAUGGAAGGAAUCUGUGAAAUCAAAGUUAUUUUCUUUAUCUUUAAUCUUGACUGUAAGAGAGAGUUUACCCAUGUUCUAUUCUUCUGAAUAUCCAAUAAAUUCACAUGAAGCUCUG